GUCAUCCAACUCGGAAUUCCAAAUCGGGGAACUCUAACCUCUUUCUAAACCUAAAGCUCAGACUUUCCGUCCUGAAGAUCACUGACGUCAUGAUUUUACCUCGUUUUUCCUGAUUUCCAGUUGUCUUGAAAGCUAGCUCUUUGGUGUCGUCACGAUUACGCAUGUGCCCGCUGCUGCUGACACGACAGAAAACAUGGCGCUCGAAGAACCAAAUGGAGAUUUUCCAUAUUUACCUUCAGGGGUGGCGGAGGUCAACAAAAUGAUAAAGGAGAAUGGUGACCUGUUUUCUGAUGCCCUGUGCAAAAUCUGCAGUGCUGUCCUGAAUUCUGACUCCCAGAAACUUGCACAUUAUCAGAGCAAAAAGCAUGCCAACAAAGUGAGACGCUACAUGAGCAUCCACAAAGAAGAGGAGCCCACCAUCAAAAGGUUCAAGUCGCCUUCGGGAGACAGUGCCAGCAGUAAUGGCGAGACGGACCGCUCCAAAGCCUGUCAUAUAUGUAACAUGACAUUCUCCUCUCCGGUGGUGGCUGAGUCCCACUACCAGGGCAAGGUGCACACCAAGAACCUGAGACUGAAGACCGUUGGCAACCAGACCCCAGUAGCACUACCUCAGGCCGUGGCCCCAGUGGUGAAAAAGAAGAAGAAGAAGAAGGAGGCUCAGUCAGAGGAGGCUAGCAACGUGGCAUCGUCAGGCCCGGCCGAGGACGACCAGGGCAACUUCUGUUCCAUCUGCCAUGCCUCGUUCAACAACCCCCUCAUGGCCAAGCAGCACUACGAAGGCAAGAAGCAUAAAAAACAGCUGACCCAGCAGAAGCUUAUGGAGACCUAUGGGCCAUCCACUGCACCAGGUCUCUGUUUUGCUGUCUGCUGCUGUGAGCGAGCCACUCUCCCCACUGUGCAUGGAGGAGAGAGAGAUGCGUUAUGAGAAGCAGAAGCAUUUGACAUUGCUCAAAAUGCAAUUGCGGGAGAGACAGUUUUCAACGCAACUAUAGUUUUAUUUCUCACCUCUUAAUAUUUAGUUAAUUGCACCACUUUACAACCGGAGUAAGCUGUAGUAUGGUUUUGAUUCGCUCGUGGAGCAAAGCGCACCAAUUGCAGUGACUAGCACUACAUCAAGUGGCCUAGUCCAAACGCUGAAAAGUUUUGGUAGGAUAUUAGCCUACAUUUACUGAUUAAUCAAUAAGCCUACAUGGUUUAUAUAGCAACAAUAUAUUUAGAGUUAGCUAAGUGUUUUGAGUUCCCACUUCCUCAGGAAUAAUAUAGCCAAUAGUUACAAAUAUGUCAGCAAUUUCUCUGAAGAGCCAAAAAUAUACACUGCUCAAAAAAAUUAAGGGAACACUUAAAUAACACAAUGUAACUCCAAGUCAAUCACACUUCUGUGAAAUCAAACUGUCCACUUAGGAAGCAACACUGAUUUACAAUACAUUUCACAUGCUAUUGUGCAAAUGGAAUAGACAACAGGUAGAAAUUAUAGGCAAUUAGCAAGACACCCCCAAUAAAGGAGUGGUUCUGUAGGUGGUGACCACUGACCACUUCUCAGUUCCUAUGCUUCCUGGCUGAUGUUUUGGUCACUUUUGAAUGCUGGCGGUGCUUUCACACUAGUGGUAGCAUGAGACUGAGUCUACAACCCACACAAGUGGCUCAGGUAGUGCAGCUCAUCCAGGAUGGCACAUCAAUGCGAGCUGUGGCAAGAAGGUUUGCUGUGUCUGUCAGCGUAGUGUCCAGAGCAUGGAGGCGCUACCAGGAGACAGGCCAGUAUAUCAGGAGACGUGGAGGAGGCCGUAGGAGGGCAACAACCCAGCAGCAGGACCGCUACCUCCGCCUUUGUGCAAGGAGGAGCAGGAGGAGCACUGCCAGAGCCCUGCAAAAUGACCUCCAGCAGGACACAACUGUGCAUGUGUCUGCUCAAACGGUCAGAAACGGACUCCAUGAGGGUGGUAUGAGGGCCCGACGUCCACAGGUGCUUACAGCCCAACACCGUGCAGGACGUUUGGCAUUUGCCAGAGAACACCAAGAUUGGCAAAUUCGCCACUGGCGCCCUGUGCUCUUCACAGAUGAAAGCAGGUUCACACAGCACAUGUGACAGACGUGACAGUCUGGAGACGCCGUGGAGAACGUUUUGCUGCCUGCAACAUCCUCCAGCAUGACCGGUUUGGCGGUGGGUCAGUCAUGGUGUGGGGUGGCAUUUCUUUGGGGGGCCACACAGCCCUCCAUGUGCUCGCCAGAGGUUGCCUGACUGCCAUUAGGUACCGAGAUGAUAUCCUCAGACCCCUUGUGAGACCAUAUGCUGGGGCGGUUGGCCCUGGGUUCUUCCUAAUGCAAGACAAUGCUAGACCUCAUCUGGCUGGAGUGUGUCAGCAGUUCCUGCAAGAGGAAGGCAUUGAUGCUAUGGACUGACCCGCCCGUUCCCCAGACCUGAAUCCAAUUGAGCACAUCUGGGACAUCAUGUCUCGCUCCAUCCACCAACGCCACAUUGCACCACAGACUGUCCAGGAGUUGGCGGAUGCUUUAGUCCAGGUCUGGGAGGAGAUCCCUCAGGAGACCAUCCGCCACCUCAUCAGGAGCAUACCCAGGCGUUGUAGGGAGGUCAUACAGGCACGUGGAGGCCACACACACACUACUGAGCCUCAUUUUGACUUGUUUUAAGGACAUUACAUCAAAGUUAGAUCAGCCUGUAGUGUGGUUUUCCACUUUAAUUUAGAGUGUGACUCCAAAUCCAGACCUCCAUGGGUUGAUAAAUUUGAUUUCCAUUGAUAAUUUUUGUGAUUUUGUUGUCAGCACAUUCAACUAUGUAAAGAAAAAAGUAUUUAAUAAGAAUAUUUCAUUCAUUCAGAUCUAGGAUGUGUUUUUAUUGUUCCCUUUAUUUUUUUUUAUUUUUUUUUAGAGGUCGACCGACUGAUUUUAACACCGAAACCGAAAUAUUGGAGGACCAAAAAAAGCUGAUAGUGAUUAAUCCGCCAAUUUUUAUAUAUAUUUGUAAUAACGGCAAUUACAGCAAUACUGAAUGAACACUUAACAUAAUACAUCAUCUAUUUAGUCUCAAAUAAAUAAUGUAACAUGUUAAAUUUGGUUUAAAUAAUGCAAAAACACAGUGUUGGAGAAGAAAGUAAAAGUGCAAUAUGUGCCGUGUAAAAAAAAAAAAGCUAACGUUUUAAGUUCCUUGCUCAGAACAUGAGAACAUAUGAAAGCUGGUGGUUCAAUAUUCCCAGUUAAGAAGUUUUAGGUUGUAGUUAUUAUAGGAAUCAUGACGCGUCGACUAUUUCUCUCUAUACCGUUUUGUAUUUGACCAUCCUACGGAUCAUUGACUUCGGCGAUGUCAUUUACAAAAUAGCCUCCAACACUCUACUCAACAAAUUGUAUGCAGUCUAUCAGUGCCAUCCACUUUGUCACCAAAGCCCCAUAUACUACCCACCACUGCAACCUGUAUGAUCUCGUUGGCUGGCCAUUGCUUCAUAUUUGUCGCCAAACCCACUGGCUCCAGGUCAUUCUCAAGUCUCUUCCAGGUAAAGCCCCGCCUUAUCUCAGCUCACUGGUCACCAUAGCAGCACCCACCCAUAGCACGCGCUCCAGCAGGUAUAUCUCGCUGGUCACUGCCAAAACCAAUUCUUCCUUUGGCCGCCUCUCCUUCCAGUUCUCUGCUGCCAAUGGCUGGAACGAACUGCAAAAAUCUCUGAAGCUGGAGACUCUUACCUCCACCACUAGUUUUAUGCUCACAGAACACUGCACCUGUACAUAGCUCAUCUGUAAAUAGUCCAUCCAAUCUACCUCAUCCCCAUACUGUGUUUCUUUAUCUUGCUCCUUUGCACCCCAGUAUCUCUACUUGCACAUUCAUCUUCUGCACAUCCUACCAUUCCAGUGUUUAAUUGCUAUAUUGUAAUUACUUUGACACAUGGCCUAUUUAUUGCCUUACCUCUCUUAUCCUACCUCAUUUGCACAUGCUGUAUAUAGAUUGUUCUACUGUAUCAAAUCAAAUGUAUUUAUAUAGCCCUUCUUACAUCAGCUGAUAUCUCAAAGUGCUGUACAGAAACCCAGCCUAAAACCCCAAACAGCAAGCAAUGCAGGUGUAGAAGCAAUGCAGGUGUAUUAUUGAUUGCAUGUUUGUUUAUUCCAUGUAUAACUCUGUAUGUGUCGAACUGCUAUGCUUUAUCUUGGCCAGGUCACAGUUGCAAAUGAGAACUUGUUCUCAACUAGCCUACCUGGUUAAAUAAAGGUGAAAUAAAUAUAAUUCGUACA